GGCCCAGGCUCCCAGAAGGGCGGGGAAGCCCCUCCUCCACCUUACCCCCUCCCCCAGGGGCGCCAGCAGACACACAGGACCCUGCUUGGCAGAGAUUUCUUUGCCUUCCCUCACAGCCAAGAUCUCUCUGCCUUUUGGAGGCCAGCUCUGAACGUGCAACUCCCAGCUUAGCCUUCAGAGUACCAAGGCCUGGCCCAAGCAGGGAGCCUGGAGACAGAGGGAAUGGCCCCUGGGACCCAGAGACCUCCACCUCAGGAGUUGGUGACAUUCAAGGACGUGGCUGUGAACUUCACCCAGGAGGAGUGGGGCCUCUUGGACCAUUCUCAGAAAGAGCUGUACAAGGAGGUCAUGCUGGAGAAUGCCCAGAACCUGCUGACCCUGGGGCUUCCAGUGCCUAGAGAAGAUCUGAUCUCCCCUUUUCAUCAAGGAGGAACACCAGGGACGCUAGGGCAAAAAGGCCCAAGGAACUCCUGGCCAGGUGCAAAGACCAGGUUUGAAGUGAAUGAGGUGACUACACAGCUGAGCAUUUUUGUGGAAGAAUGUGACCAGCAAAGAUUCAUGAGUGAUGAUCCCUGUGAUUUCAAUUGGAAAGAAAUGAAAGAGAAGUUUUAUAAAUGUGAUGAAUGUGGGAAGGCUUUCUGCUACAGAUCACUCCUUAUUUGCCAUCAGAGUAUCCACACCGGAGAGAAACCUUAUGAGUGUAAACUGUGUGGAAAGACUUCAGAUAGAGCUUCAGAUAUAGCUUUACAUCAGAGAAUCCAUACCAGGGAGAAGAUCUAUACAUGUAAUCAAUGUGGAAAGGCUUUCAGAUACAGCUCCAGUCUUGCUAAACAUCAGAGAUUCCACGAGAGAGAGAAACCUCAUGAAUGUGAUCGGUGUGGAAAGACUUUCGGGAAGAAUUCCCAUCUUGCUGCCCAUCAGAGAAUCCACACUGGAAAGAAACCUUUUGAAUGUAAUCAGUGUGGAAAGGCUUCAGAUAAAGUUUUGCGUCAGAGAAUCCACACUAGGGAGAAAACCUAUGAAUGUAAUCAGUGUGGAAAGGCUUUCACACAGAGAGCCAAUCUUGCUUUGCAUCAGAGAAUUCAUACUGGAGAGAAACCUUAUGAAUGUAAUCAAUGUGGAAAGGCUUUCACAAAGAGCUCGAAUCUUGGUGUACAUCAGAGAAUGCAUACUGGAGAGAAACCUUAUGAAUGUAAUCAAUGUGGGAAAGCUUUCAGAUAUAGCUCCAGUCUUACCGAGCAUGAGAAAAUCCACACUGGAGAGAAACCUUAUGAAUGUAAUCAGUGUGGAAAGGCUUUCACACGGAACUCCCGUCUUGUUUUACAUCAGAGAAUCCACACUGGGGAGAAGCUUUUUGAAUGUAAUCAGUGUGGAAAAGCUUUUACACAGAGCUCUAGUCUUACAGUACAUCGGAGAAUCCACACUGGAGAGAAACCUUUUGAAUGUAGUCAGUGUGGAAAGGCUUUCAGAGAAAGCUCUCAUCUUGGUGCCCAUCAGAGAAUUCAUACUGGAGAGAAACCUUAUGAAUGUAAUCAGUGUGGAAAGGCUUUCACAGAGAGCUCUCAUCUUAGUGCCCAUCAACGAAUCCACACUGGAGCGAAACCUUAUGAAUGUAAUCAGUGUGGAAAGGCUUUCACAAAGAGCUCUAGUCUUACUGUACAUCAGAGAAUGCACACUGGAAAAAAACCUUUUGAAUGUAAUCAGUGUGGAAAGGCUUUCACACGGAAAUCCCGUCUUGCUGCACAUCAGAGAAUCCACAGUGAGGAGAAACUUUUUGAAUGUAAUCAGUGUGGAAAGGCUUUUACACAGAGCUCCAGUCUUGCUGUACAUCAGACAAUCCACACUGGAGAGAAACCUUAUCAGUGUAACCAAUGUGGAAAAGCUUUUACACGACGGGGUAAUCUUGCUGCACAUCAGAAAAUCCACACUGGAGAGAAACCUUUUGAAUGUAUGCAAUGUGGAAAGACUUUCAGAAUCCGCUCUAGUCUUGCUAAACAUCAGAGGAUCCACACUGGAGAAAAACCUCAUGAAUGUAAUUAAUGUGGAAAGGUUUUCACAAAGAGCUCCAGGUUUGCUGCACAUCAGAGAAUCCACAUUGGAGAGAAACUUCAUGAGUGUCAUGAAUGUGGCAGAGCUUUUCAUUACUGUUUUUAGCUUAUUUAACAGAAGAGUGUCCGCAGUGGCAAGAAAUCUUAUAAAUGUAAUCCGUGUGGAAAGGCUUUCACAAGGAGCUACCAUCUUGAUGUCCAUCAGAGAAUCCACACUGAAGAGAAAUUUUAGGAAUAUAAUCAGUGUGGAAAGACUUUCAGAAUCAUCCGCAGUCUUGAUGUACAUGGGAGUGUCCACACUGAGGAGAAAACUUAUGAAUGUAAUCAGUGUGGCAAAGCAAAAGAGCUCUGGUCUUGGUGCCCAUCAGAGAAUCCACACUGAACAGAAAUCAGUGUGGAAAGGCUGUCACAUGGAAGGGCAAUCUUGUUGCCCAUCAGAAAAUCCACACUUGCAAGACACCUUUUGAAUGCAGUUAGUGUGGAAAGACUUUCAGAAUUAGAUCCAGUCUUCCUGCACAUCAGAGAAUCCACACUUGGAAGAAAUUUUAUUAAUAUGAUCAACAUGGAAAGGGCUUAACAAAGAGUCUUGCUUAACAUCAAAGAAUCCACACUGGAGAGAAACCUUUUGAAUGUAAACAGUGUAGUGUGGCGUGUGAAAGAAUUAAUUACUGAAGAAGCAAAGGUUCGAACUUCUGAGCGCUUUGACUUAUUAAGCAAUGCAUGCCAAUUGCCUAACAAAUCGGGACCAGAUCUGUUCACCAUAGGCCUGGACCCCAAAUACUGUGGGAAAUAGACUUUUAUACAUUAAAAACAAUUAAUCAAAUAUAGUCAAUUAAUUAAAAGGAAACAAUACAA